CAUCUUGUAAAUGUAGUGUUGUUUUUUUUUUGUAUCCAAACAAAGUUUGCAUAGAAUAAAUUGUAGUUUGGUAAUUACCUAUUUUAAAAAUGUUUGCAGUCCAAAGACAUUUGCACGUAUCUUUAACUUGCAACCGAUUAAACUUUAUUCAUUUAUCGGCUUCUUGUAAUCAUGUUAUUAAAUUAACAAGGCUUCGUGUUGUUGACAACAGUGAAAUUGGAAAGCAAGCAAUGGCAGAAGGAAAACCUCCUAGAUGUAUACACAUAUACAACAAAGUCGGUGUUGGUAAAAUUGAACGAGCUAUUGGUAGUUGGCCACAAGUUACAGCAUUUGUCGAUUCUUGCAAAGGGGACAAAGUCCUGGUGGCUAUCAAGGGCCAGAAGAAAAAAGGGAUAAUAGUUGGUGCAAAACAAAUUCAGAAGCCUUUAGUACCAAAAUUUGAUACAAACAAUAUUGUUCUUAUUGAUGAUAAUGGUACACCGUUGGGAACAAGGAUUCAUGUUCCUAUACCAAUUGUGCUACGAACGAUUCUCAAAGAGAAGACACAUGCCAAAGGUGCCGACUACACAAAGCUUUUGGCGAUAGCAUCAAAAUUUAUUUAAUAGUUGAGAGUUUAAUAACUCAAGUAUUUAAGUGGCAAUAAACUGCUUCGUUAUUGUGAUGGUUGUACCGUGAAAAUAGUUUUUUAAUUGGAAAUAUUGUGUUUGUAAAUAAAGUAUUCACAUGUGUAUUUUAA